GAACAUGCUGUUGUUCCAGAAAGCCCCGCUCGCACCGCGACAUAAAGCCGUGCUGCGUUAGGUGCAGGUCGACUCACACUCACAUUCGGCUCCCUAAAGUAACUGAUUAGGACAUAGAAUAAAUGCGCUUACAAAGCCGGGGGAGAGUGACCGAACUGGUGACCGCACCAACUCGAACUCGUGUCGCCUGUCUUGUGAUUUAAAGUGUAGUCGCAGACUUAAGAAUUGAGGGAACAAAAAUGAGUGGCACUGCUGCUAUAACGUCCGCUCACAACUGAGGUUUGCGGAAAUGGCGGAAGUGGAGCCCCAGCAAGUCCUACGGGGCCACUUUGGCGAGGUGCAAAGCCUCAGCUUUUUGUCCGAGCUGCAUCUGUUCUCGGGGGACUUCAACGGGGAGGUUCGCCUGUGGGACUUGAGCUCAUGCCGCGCUGAGUAUACCGUCAGGUUGCACGACACCAACGCGGGCGUCCUGCACCUGGCCUGCUUGCCCAACCACGGAGCGCUUGUCAGCCAGGGCAGGGAUGGCUGUGUGAAGGUAUGGGCGCUAGACCAGACGGGCGUGCCGGACAGGCCAGAACCGCUGCACCAAGCGGCGACGGGGUCUUUUAACUUCUGUCGCUUUGCUGUGUGGGCUCCUAGCAGCGCUCCGCACCAGGUGGUGGCUGAAGGGAUUGCUGCACCCGCUGUACGACAAGACUUGCGGGGUGUCUACCUGGCGUCCGCAGCACACGACCCGUCCGAGGUGGCAGUCUGGCGCCCCGCGGAGGCGGCAAAUGCGGUGGUGCACCUGCGCCAGAACGCGGCGGAGACCAAGCACGGCAUGUGCAUGUCACUGGCCUUCCUCGCGCCCGCCGGAGAGGCCGCAAGUGCCAGCGGCAGCAACAUCAGCAGCAUUGCUAGCAGCAGCCUGGGCGGCGCUCCAGGCAGCGGUGAGGGUGCCGGAGGCGGACCGCGCUACCUGGUGACCGGGUACGAGGAUGGCGUGGCGGCGCUGUGGGACCUGCGCAGCCCCAGCCGGCCGCUGGGCUCGGCCCGCCUGCACAGCGAGCCCGUCAUGUGCUGUGACGCGCGCCCCGCCGCCUCCAAGGGCAGCAAGGGUGAUGCAGCGGCACCGGCAGAGGCAAGAGCAACAGGUCUAGAUGCCGAGUUGCCGGCGGCCGCGGCGCUACCUGCGAUGUCGUCCACGCCUGCCUCGUACGACCUCAUCACGGGCUCCGCGGACGACGCCGUGUCUUGCUGCAACCUGCGGCCGGCGGAGGCGCAGCCGGUGCGGCUGGCCAAGCAGAUCAAGCUGCGGGAGGCCGGCACAGCCGACGUGCGCAUUCGGUCGGAUGGCAAGCUGUUCGCAUGCGGCUGCUGGGACGGCAGGGCUCGUCUGUACUCCCUUCGCAAACGCGGGCCCUUGGCGGUCCUUAAGUAUCACCGCAGUCAAGUCACAGCCGUGGCCUUCAGCCCCGUCACCCGCACUCUGGCCACCGCCUCCCGGGACACCACAGUGGCGCUGUGGUCUGUGUAUACUACUGCCGCAGAAGCCGGUCGCAGUAGUGAUGCAUAGCAUGUGCGACUCUGAGACUCUGAGAUGACUGUUGCUUCAGCUUUGCUUGCGUCGUGGGUGGUUGUGGGCAGUGUGUGCAUGCGGCGGAUGAGGCCCGGAGUUGCUGGAAGCCACUAUCAUAGGCAAGUUGACUGCGGCUGCAGUCUGUAUAUAGUGACCUUCGUGAAUUACUACAUAGAGUUUGCAAGAGGUCUCUAGAAUAGCUGGACUUUGGUCUCUGCUUGCAUUCCCGCGCAAGCGGCUCGCGGACGCAAAACACGACCAGCUUAUUCUCUUUUGGUCGCUAGCUCAUAAACAUU